AUGGCAGUCGACACGGAACCGAAACUCGACAAGAUCGAGACGACCGCCCCAACCAAAAUCCCAUACUGGCGCUUGGUCUUUGACCAGGGUGUCGUCACACAAGAGAUCAUCGACCACCCAUACCCCGGCGCAGGAACAGAGGACGAUCCCUUCGCCGUAACAUGGAUUCCCAAUGACCCUCGCAAUCCCAUGAACUUCAGCGAGACCAAGAAGUGGUCGUUUACGAUGCUUGUGGCGAUUGCUACGCUGGCGGUUGCCUUGGUUUCAUCGGCUUAUACUGGCGGUAUUGAAGAAAUCAUGGCUGAUUUCGGUAUUGGACAAGAGCUGGCUACUUUGGGUGUGUCGCUUUUCGUCUUGGGCUUUGCGAUUGGUCCUCUGCUUUGGGCUCCACUUAGUGAGCUAUUUGGUCGCCAGGUCCUGUUCGUUACUACGUACGCCGCUCUGACAGCCUUCAAUGCUGGUGCUGCCGGUGCCCAGAAUAGCUGGACUCUCAUUAUCCUGAGAUUCUUUGCUGGUUCCUUUGGCUCUUCGCCUUUGACAAAUGCCGGUGGUGUCAUUGCCGAUAUGUUCCCCGCUAAGCAGCGUGGUGUCGCCAUGUCCCUCUUCGCAGCUGCGCCCUUCUUGGGUCCAGUCUUGGGCCCGAUUAUUGGAGGUUUCCUUGGUAUGAACGCUGGUUUCAGAUGGGUUCUUGGAUUCUUGGCUGCUUUCUCAGGAGCUGUCUGGAUCAUGGGUUCGCUGCUGAUCCCUGAGACCUAUGCACCCGUCCUGUUGCGCCGCCGUGCUGAGAGACUUUCCAAACUAUCUGGACAGGUCUAUCGCAGCAAGAUUGAUAUUGAUCAAGGCCCGGUCUCUCUGAAGAACUCCUUCAAGGUGUCGCUUUCUCGUCCUUGGAUCUUGCUGUUCCGCGAGCCUAUCGUCUUUCUCCUAUCUCUCUAUAUGGCUAUCGUCUACGGUACUCUAUACAUGAUGUUCGCAGCCUUCCCUAUCGUCUACCAACAAUCGCGGGGUUGGAACCAGGGCGUUAGUGGCCUUGCUUUCCUCGGAAUCAUGGUCGGCAUGUUGAUCGCUGUGGUCUACACCCUAUGGGAUAAUAAGCGCUACGUCAGAACCUCGGACAACCACAACGGCUUCGCACCCCCCGAAGCCCGCCUUCCCCCUUGUCUAAUCGCUUCUAUCGCCAUCCCAGUCGGUCUCUUCUGGUUCGCCUGGACGAACUACACUUCCAUCCAUUUCAUGGCUAGUAUCGCCGCAGGCGUCCCCUUCGGCUUCGGCAUGGUCCUUGUCUUCCUCGGAAUCAUGAAUUACCUGAUCGACGCAUACACCAUCUUCGCAGCCUCGGUACUAGCCGCGAACUCCGUGCUACGCUCCCUAUUCGGUGCCGCAUUCCCCCUCUUCACCACAUACAUGUACAAGAACCUCGGUAUCCACUGGGCAUCCUCUGUGCCAGCCUUCCUCGCUCUUGCCUGUGUGCCAUUCCCCUUCCUCUUCUACAAGUACGGCCCUGCAAUCCGCACCCGCUGCAAGUUCGCCGCCCAAUCCGAGGCAUUCAUGCGCAAGGUCCAGGAACAAGUCGACACUGCUCCUGUUGAAGACGAAAAGGUUGAAUAUGACCGCACCGAGGCACCUGUUCCCGCGGGCUCUGUCUCCAGUGAGUCGGAGGAUGGUGUUGACCAGCUUCCUUCUGCGCAGCGCAUUCGCAGUCGUGCCCAUUCUGUUGCUUCAACUCGUACUGCUGGCUCGCUGCAUCGCACUGUCACCUAUGAGGGCAACCCCUACGACAUUGACCGCGUCAAUACUCGCGAGUCUUUCAAAAACUAG